AUGAUAUGCGAAGGGAAUGAAAGACAAUUAUUCGAUUUAACGAAUGAAAAGACAGCUGAAUUUAUUAAAACUCUUAUCGAGUUAUCCAGUGCUUAUACAAAUAUACAUAAAUAUAUGUGCCUUGCGGUUUGCGCUAUAGGUAUUAUUGCAAACACUGUGCACGUCUUGGUAUUAACACGACCAAAUAUGCGAACAAGUGCUAUAAACCGUUUGUUAGCAUUAAUGGCAAGCUGUGAUAUUUGUACAAUGGUAUCCUAUACAGUAUUUAAUAUCCGAUUCGGCCUUCUGAUAAGCGCUGAGAAUCCACCGUUUGGUUAUUCGCUUGCAUGGAUUUGGUUUCUCCUAAUGCAUGUUGUAGUUAGCAUAGCUUUACAUACAGUUUCAUUAUAUAUUAGCGUGGUAACAGCUUAUAUACGUUAUCAUGCUAUGGAUAAGAUUGCAUCGCGAUGGCUAAUGGCCACUUCUGCAAAGCCGAUUUUUAUGAUAAUAUUGCUGGCGGUCGGAUUUGCAUCGAUACCAACUUUUCUCGUUCAUGGAAUCGAACGAGUCAACCCAACAUUAGCCAACAAUGAAACUCUUUACACGAUAGGCAUUCCAAAAAUUGCUAUUGCAAAUCAUUGUUUUCUUUUUAAAUCGAACUUAUGGUUGACAGGAAUUUUGUUUAAGGUUAUACCUUGCAUUCUUUUAUUCUCGUUUACAAUCGCACUAAUGAAAAAACUAAACGAUAAUCGAAAAAGAAGGAUUUUCUUAAGAAUCAAUAGUAAAUUUUCGAAAAUAUAUAUACCCGAUCGAACGACAAAAAUGCUUACCAUACUUUUGUUAAUAUAUUUAUUCACCGAAUUACCUCAGGGCAUAAUUGCAAUAUUAAACGGUUUAUUUCCAAACGACAUCCAUCAAUACAUAUACCUUUCUGUUGGAGAAUUGCUCGAUUUUUUCUCACUUAUUAGCUGCUAUGCUUGCUUUAUUGUUUAUCCGUGUAUUUCAACACAAUAUCGAGAAACGUUUCGCGAAAUGUUAACUCAAAUAAAAAACAACCAGCGAUGUAAAAAAUUAUUGCCAGAAAAAAGCAAUAAUUUUGCGAUGGCUACGGUUAUGAUGGGUGAUGAUUUACAAUAUAGAGACACUGAUGCAUUUUUAUAA